GCUCCAGUCAGGGUGCCGCCGCCGCCGCCGCCAUGGCCGCGCGCGCUGCCGCCUUGCUCUGGCUGGUUCUGCUGGCCGGGCCCGCCCCGUCCUCUUCGUCGUGGGGCAGCCCGGCGGCCGAGGGCAACGGCGGCGGCGGCGGCGGCGCGGGGUCCGUCGGCGGGCGCGGGAGGGACGGCGACCCCGGCGGGGCCCAGCCGGGCGAGCAGCGCCAGCGCCACGACUCCUCGUACGGCACCUUCGCCAGCGAGUUCUACGACAUGCGCUUCCUCUCCGACGAGGGUUAUCCUUUUCCUACUGCUCCUCCAGUGGAUCCAUUUGCAAAAAUUAAAGUGGAUGACUGUGGGAAAACAAAAGGAUGCUUUAGGUACGGUAAACCAGGAUGUAAUGCAGAGACUUGUGACUACUUUCUCAGUUACCGUAGAAUAGGAGCUGACAUAGAGUUUGAACUGAGUGCCGAGACAGAUGGUUGGGUAGCUGUGGGAUUUUCCUCUGAUAAGAAAAUGGGUGGAGAUGAUGUCAUGGCCUGUGUUCAUGAUGACAAUGGAAGAGUCAGAAUACAUCACUUCUACAAUGUUGGACAGUGGGCAAAAGAGAUCCCAAGAAAUCCUGCUAGAGACGAAGAAGGUCUUUUUGAAAACAACCGCGUAACAUGUCGAUUCAAGCGUCCUGUGAAGGUUCCCAGAGAUGAAACUAUUGUAGAUCUUCAUCUGAGCUGGUAUUAUUUAUUUGCUUGGGGCCCAGCAAUUCAGGGUUCUAUAACUAGGCAUGACAUAGAUUCUCCACCUGUUUCGGAGCGUGUGGUCAGUAUUUACAAGUAUGAAGAUAUUUUUAUGCCGUCAGCUGCCUAUCAGACCUUCUCUUCUCCAUUCUGCUUGUUGCUUAUUGUUGCAUUGACAUUCUAUUUAUUGAUGGGAACCCCAUGAUGACUGCAAACAGAGACAAUUUGUUAGUGCUCAGAACAGGAGCUUUUUCUAUUAGAAAUGGUAUCACUGGACACUUAGUUAUUCAUUGGCAGCUCGAGCUCCUCUCUUACCUGAGCCAUAGGUGUGUGCCAAACAAUCAUGAUAUUUGAGAAUCAAGGAACAAUUGUAAUUGGCAGAACAUUUUUAGUAGAUAUAUAACUUGUUUCAUGAAAGAUUAAGGCUGUGUUCCUGUUACUAGGGAGAAAGCCUAGCUGAACACAGCGUGACUUACUUCUGAGUAGAUAUAGAAAGGAUUGCAUUGUUAAACCUAUGGGUGUGAUGGUGAAAUAUUAUGAGAAACACAUACAUUUCUAUUUCCUAACUCUAAAUUACAUUUAAUUGAGAAAAAUAAAAAAUAGAAAUAUCUCAUAUUUCAUGAGAUUAUUUAGGUAAUAUAUGAUAUAUGUUUAAAUACUUACAAUUUAAGUAUCUGGUCCCAAAGUCAAAAUAAUUUUAAUUAUUUUUUUACCUUCCCAAAUAAAAUUGUGCAUAAGCUUAAGUAUUUACAGGGUUCUAAAACAACUCAGCAUUAAAAAUUAUCUUUUGGAAAAUGAUGGAAGAUAAUCAAGAAAGUUACUUUUCUAUCUGAAAAAGUCACCAAUAGACCAUUUUAAGAAAAUGGCCACAUUUUUCAUUAUUAUUAUUAUUAUCAUUAUUUUAAAUCUAUGCUUCUGGGAAGGGGGGCUGAGAGGUUGAUGGAUCUUGUAGAACUUCCUUCUCUGCGGGCAGCAAAGGAAGCUCACCCACAAAUGCCUUCUUGUUCGCUCCUCCACUGUUGCUGCUCUGACAGCAUUGGGGGCUGAGAAAGGGAUAUAGAAGGUUGGAGGCGGUCUUGGCUCUACAAAAUCUAAAGGAUCUUGUGUUCCCCAAGGAGGGAGGCAAAUGACACCAUCCCUGUAUUGGGCAUAGUUAUUUUUCACUCUUGUUGAAACCAGUAAGAAUGGAACAAUUUUAAUAAUGUUUGAAGGGGGAAAAGUCAUUUGCCACCAACAAAAGCUAAAGCAAGCCUGGCAGGGCUUAGGAAAUUAUAGUUCCUCUGCCCUCUUCAAAUUGUUUCAUAGGCAAAACUAGUGUCAUUGAGAAAGUUCUCCUACAAGUAUACAAGCAAGUGAAAAUAAUAGCUAAGUUUCCAGUAUGGAGUGUACAUUUUCUGGAAAAAGCAGCACUAUAUGAGGUAAGUGACUUAAAAGAAGAUGUUUACAUGUGUAUAUAUUUUGACACAAUUUGUGUUCAGUUUCUUAUGUAUGCAUUAAUGUGAAGCAAGUGAAAGCAGAAAAAAGAACCCUUUUAUCUUGUAUUUUCCCUUUAUUUGAAAUGAUAUCUCCAAGGGUACGGAAAUAUAAUUUAUGUUGCUUACAUGGAAUCAAUAGACAUGGAAUCAAUAUAAAGGAACAACUUGUUCCUUAGAACUAUGAAUGAACUAAAAAGUGUAUUUGAACUACCGUAAGUGAACUAAAUGUGUAUUUCUACGAAAUGUUCAAUACAUGGAAAUGUAAAAAGAGGUCAGUAUUAUGUCAGAUUUACUGUAUGAAAUAUGAGUGACAAAAGAUAAGUAAAGAUAAUUUGAUGCAGUUUGCAUUCUGACUUUCUUCUGUUAGGCUAUAUACCUCACAAACAUUUGCUUAAAACAACUGUAUCAUCUCGGUGCAUUUCAAGCAUCAUUUCCUUGGUGUAUAACACACACACACACCCUCCGUCAAAAUUAAGUCCAGAAAUGAGUUUGUUUGCAGUAUGUGUACAGAGGAAGCCAGGCUGAAAGAGGAAGUGGAGGAGUUAGCAGCCAGCAGAAGUCAAACUUAGCUCAUUGCAGCUUAUGUGAGAUUGCGAACAGGGGUGUUUAGUGUUGGAGUUUAAGGGGGAGAUCCAGAGUUCUGGGAGGUUGAAGGAGCUGCUGCAGUGACCUGCAACAUCUGUGCCAUGUUUCUCUUUCUGCUGAAGAAUAUGCAAGCUGGUUGUUUUACUGGAAGAGAAGGUUGAGAACUUGAGACCCACCUUGCCCCAGCUUGAGCAACAGGAGAACAUGCAAAGUUUUUCAAUAGAGCUGAGUCGACUGUGAUGGAGCAGCAAGACAGAUGGGGUGCCUCCAGGGAGGAGGAAAAUCACCCACUUCGUAUGGAAGCUGCAGUUAUCCAUGACAGAUGGUCAUCCAACCUCUGCUUAAGGAAGGAGAGUCCACAACCUCCCAACAGAGUCUGUUCCACUGUCCAAUAGCUCUUACCAUCAGAAAUUUCUUCCAGAUAUUUAGUUGGAAUUUCCUGCAGGGGUUUUUUUCCAGCCAGACCUCACCGGAACUCACUUGGGAGCUAUUGCCGUUAUAAGGGAACAAGGGAGGUGUUCAUGGUGACAUGGGAAGUUUUCCCCGCCAGAGAAGAUUUCCAGGACAGCAUAGCAAGGCAAACCUGUGUUCAGAAGGUCAAUAAAAAGCUAGAAAAAGAGACUUACAUAAGAAUGGACUACUGGAUCAGGCCCACUUUCCGAAUCAGUGUGAUACACUGUUGAACAGCUCUCGCUGCCAGACGGUUAGUCAGAAUCUCCUUUCUUGUAACUGGAAGCCAUUGGUUCAAGCCCUACUCUCCAGAGCAGGAAAAAACAAAGCUUGCUCCAUCUUCCAUGUGUCAACCCUUGAGAUAUUUGAACAAGGCUAUCAUCUCUCUGUCUCUCCUUUUUCCCAAGCUAAACAUACCCAGCUCCUUCAACUUCCUCAUGAAGCUUGGCUUCUAGACCCUUGAUCAUCUUGGUUGCCACCUCUGCACACGUUUCAGCUUGUCAAUAUCCUUCUUAAAUUGUAGCAUCCAAAACUAGACACAUUACUCCAGGUGUGGUCUGACCAAGGCAGAAUAGAGUUGUACUAUUACAGUGCUUCCCUUGAUCUGGACACUUGACUUCUGUUGACAUAACUUCGAAAGCAGUAGCUGUUUUUUCUGCUGCAUCACACUGUUGACUCAUGUUAAGCUUGUGGUCCACCAAGACCCCUAGAUUUAUUUCACACGUACUACUACUGUAGCACUCCAAGUGCCCCCCAUUUUAUAUUUAUGCAGCUGGUUAUUCUUGUCGAUGUGUAGAACCUUACACUUUUCUUACUAAAAUUCAUUUUGUUACUUU